CCCUCCCCUUUGAUUACCUCCCUUCUGUCUAUGUCUGCCUCUCUCUCCCUUUUGCUCCUUCUGCCUGGCUGAGUUGGUUUCAGACAGUGCAUCACACGUGCCACCCUAGGUCUCUCUCCACUCUCCUCCUCUCUUCUCUCUCUCUCUCUCUCUCAACAUGGAGGCACAUCACUGAAGAGUGGAUUGUUCCUCCUGUUUUCUCCUCUUCUCUCCUCUGCACUUCAUUCGGUGUGUUUGGGUGUCUGUUUCUGAGUGGGAAUGCUCGUGUCUGCGACAGCGCUGUUGGGGGCUACGCUGGGUACCGUGUCUGGAGUGUUGACACUGUGUGGUCUCUCCCUGCUUUGUAAAAGCUGUAAGAAGGGGAAACUUGAGAAAGGGGACGAGACUGAUCCAGAGAAAGCCAAACCCAGUAUCCUGCAUACUCUGACACAGUUCAGUGUGCAGAAGUGCACCGAACCCAUCCAGCCUCAAGCAUCCUUGAAGUUCCCUAAAAUCUACCGGCCCAAAUCUUCUGUCACUUCUCAAGAGGUAAUACACUACAAAGAACAUGGAAGUGCCAAUGACAUGUCUGCUGCCGAGCUCGACACCUGUAACCAGGCAACAGAACGUGAGGCCUUCUCCCUCCCGUGGCAAGCUUCCGCAGAUGAAACACCCUGCGCAUCUGAGCAAACCGGUGCCAUGACGACAAGUAGCUCCAUCCUAUAUCCUAAACUGCACUUCUCCAUUAGUCUGCACAAAAAGAGUGGAGAGCUACACAUCAGCAUUGUAGAAGCGGAGAACAUAUCAGUGGAUGCAGGAUGUGAGGGAUAUAUAUCAGGUUGUGUGAGUGUCUCUGAAGAGCAGAAGCAUGCGCAGACAGCAGUCCACAAGCUAGCAGCCCAUGUGCAGUGGGAAGAGGAGCUGGUGUUUGCCCUUCCCGUGGAGGGCACAGAAGACACGGAUGCCCUAGAUGGAGAAGUGGCCCUCUCCCUUCACUGCUGUGAUCGAUUUUCCCAUAAUUCUACUCUGGGCACGAUGCGCUUUAAAUUGGCUGACGUAAGCAUGAUGUUGGACGCUGACUGCUGGGUUGACUUACAGCCACCCAAACAGCAGGAAGUGACAUCAUCAGCUGGAGAGCUACUAUUGUCGCUCAGUUAUCUGCCAGCAGCCAAUAGACUUGGGGUGGUAGUAAUGAAGGCUAGAGGACUUCAGUCAGACAAAAUGAAAGACAACAUAGAUCUAUCAGUAAAGUUGACCUUGAAACAUCAAAACACCAAGCUGAAGAAGAAGCAGACGCGGCGAGUGAAGCACAAGAUGAAUCCAGUCUGGAAUGAGAUGAUGAUGUUGGAGCUGCCCAGUGAGCUUCUGGCUAAAUCCAGCGUGGAUUUGGAAGUACUGAACCUGGCCAGUCCCGGGACCCUGCACCCCCUGGGCCGCUGCAUGCUGGGGCUCCACACCUCCGGCACCGGCCUGCAGCACUGGAAACAGAUGCUAGAUAAUCCACGCAAGCAAAUCGCAAUGUGGCAUCCUCUAUACACCUAAGAAUGUUAAUAAUCUCCAAACCACCACCUACAUGCAAUAUCCUUGGGUUUUUACAAUAGUACUCUAUCCCUGUGCAAAAAUAUGUAGUUCUCCAAUAUACUAAAUAUUUAAGUAGAUUUAAUGAAUGAACCCAGCUGUUAUCAUUUCGUAAAAUGAAACUAACUUCUCUGCAGGUAAAGGCUAAACUACUUGUUACAGUAGAUUAGAGUAUUUUAAUGUAAGCAGUGCUGCAAUUAACUUUGGUGUUGUUAUUAAUGUGUGUUUAAAAUACUCAAUGCUGUUUUAAACUGGUCCGAGUUGGAGCCAUCCUGAAAUUAGUCUAAUGUGGUUGGAACACUUAGAGAGACAGCAAAACAUUCAAACAUAUUUCAUUUUUUAAGAUUAAUAUCAAACAUUUUUGUUUUCCUGCUAUUAUGGAUCCUCUUAGUCCCACUGUCACAGCUGGAAUGAUGGAGCCAUGCUCACCAACUUUAGAUUGUGGCUAGUAUCUUUACAGUAGUAACACACUAAACAGGGUCUCAAUACGGCAGCUUUACUCUUCUCAAGAUGCACGCAUACAGAAAUAAAUGUAAAUUUAUCACAGCCUUCUAAUUAUAAUUUUUAUUUUAAAUAUAUAUAUAUAUACAUAAAUAACAGGAUGUUGUAAAAUGUUGACAUUUUGUUUCAUUAAAGGGGAUACUUCACCCA